AUGGAUUUAUUGUCACAAUUGGUUGGAACAUCAACCUGCAAACAAUCAUCAGAUGAAACUGAUCAAGAAGAGACUGAUUUAACUGUUACUGCUAAUGUUGAUUCAAAUAAAGGUGAAAGGUUAAAAAUGAUUGAAUCAGAUGUCAACAGAAUGGAUGUGAAUAAAGCGAAAUCAAAUAUAGUUUGUAAGAUGGAAGAGACAAACUUGGAGAAUGGUGAUUCACCCAAAUUUGGAAUUGUGGAAAGUUUCAUGCUGAAGAUGACACCAGAUUCAGGCGUUCAAAUUUUUCGUUCAAAAAAAGGCUUCGAAAAAUUAGCAUACGAAGGAUUUUUGUAUAAUUUGGAUAAACGUCAUCAGAAGUAUAUAUUAUGGCGAUGUGAAAUGAGCAAAAAACCAGGAUACAAAUGUAGCGGUCGAGUACGAAUGACCGAAGAUUCUCUCGAUAUGUAUAGUGCACAUUCACAUCCACCAAAUCCGCUGAAAGUUGUCGCUGAUAUACUCAAAGCACGACUAUAUGCAGCUGCUGAAGAUCCAACGAAUAGUUCGAAAUUUUUAUAUCAUGAAGCUGUUCAUUUAGCAUCAUUUGCUGGAUCUUCAGGUCUACCAAAGCUUGGCUCAAUGCAACGGGUGAUUAGCCGGAAACGACGUCAUACGCAAAAAUUACUGGAAGAAAGUUCAAAUCCUACUUCAUCAGGUUACGAUUCAAGUAAUGUUGCUUCGACAUCAGUAUCAAGCGAUGGGAAUUGCUCCAUUAGUGAUCUUUUCCAGACUGCUGAACGAUUACAGUUCCUUUUCACUCCUUCAGGAGGAUUCAAAGAAAUUGGACUCAAAAAAGCUAAAGAUAUGGGUGCUGAAGAUGAUAUUAACGAAUCGAGUAAUAUGAAAAAAUCGCGGACAGGUAUGGAUGAUCGGAAAAUUGAUCUGUCAACGUUCCAAUCACUUUUUGCUGAUGCAGGCAUAUCCGAUGAAAAAACAGAAUGUCCUUUUAAACCUUCAAGAAGUAAACGAAUGGAAAUUCAGAUUCAUUUACAACGUGUUGCUCAAGACAUCGGCAUAUCUGAUCUUACUUCAUUUGAUCUUGCCGAAGCAUUAGAUGAUGCGGAUCCAUUGAAAUUUCUGCGCAAUGAGUUUGCUUAUCCAAAAAUGAGAACUCUACCACAUGUUGAUUUAUUAUUGGUGAAUGCUAACGAUGAUGCCAUUUAUAUGUGUGGCAAUUCGUUAGGAUUGAUGCCGAAAGGUACGAAACGUCUUAUGGACGAACAGUUUGAGAAAUGGGCUAACAUGGGUGUUUUUGGGCAUUUACAAGAGCCAUUAGCAUGGGCGCAAAGCGAUGAAGCGGUACUUGGUAGUAUUGCCGAGUUAGUUGGAGCUCAACGAACAGAAGUAGCUUUGAUGAAUAGUUUAACUGUUAAUUUACAUAUUUUGUUGGCAGCUUUUUAUAAACCUACUCUGAAACGCCAUAAAAUCUUUAUUGAAUCAAAAGCAUUUCCCUCAGAUCAUUAUGCAGUUGAAUCGCAGAUUCGUUUAAAAGGAUUUACUGUUGAAGAAAGUUUGAUCUGUAUGCAACCACGAGCCGGUGAUGAUUGUAUUCGAAACGACGAUAUUAUAGCGCUAAUUGAAGAACAAGGUGAUGCGAUAGCAAUCAUUUGGUUUAGUGCUAUUCAUUAUUAUACGGGUCAGCUUUUUGAUAUAAGAAAAAUAACUAAAGCUGGGCAUGAUAAGGGAUGCCUUGUUGGUUGGAAUUUAGCGCAUGCAUUUGCAAAUAUUCCGUUAUCACUGCAUGAAUGGGAUGUUGAUUUUGCUUGCUGGUGCACCUAUAAAUAUAGUUGUUCCGGUGCUGGUGGUAUUGGUGGUUUUUUCGUGCAUAAACGUUUUGAAACUGACCAACGUGAAAGAAUGGUUGGUUGGUGGGGACACAAGAAAGAGACGCGUUUCAUUAUGGAUAAUCAAUUGGAUUUGGAGAGUGGUGCAGCAGGUUAUCGUAUCAGUAAUCCACCAAUGAUGCUUAUAGUUCCAUUGAUUGCUUUUUUAGAGGUGAUUUCGAAAACAACAAUGCAAGAUUUACGAGCAAAAUCUAUGUUGCUUACUGGUUAUUUGGAAUACCUCAUCAACCAUUUCCUCAGUCCAUCUUCGUUAAAUCGAAGAACUAAAAAGGUAAUGUGUACAAUCAUGACGCCGUCUGAUCCUGAACAACGUGGAUGCCAGCUUUCGCUAAAAUUUAAUGUUGAUAUAUCACUUGUAUACGAGGAAUUAGUUAAAAGGGGUGUAGCGGUUGAUAAGCGAUAUCCUGAUGUGAUACGUGUGACACCAGUACAUUUGUAUAAUAGUUAUACCGAUGUUCAUCGUUUUAUGAGAGCACUGUUGGACUCACUGAUUGUUGUUGAAGGUUAUCGUGAGAAAUAGUUAUGAUUCGAAUUUUUCCUCGUAUUGAAAAAAUAUAAGGAUUGUAUUUAGCUAUUUAACAGCUCUUUCAUGUAACACUAAUAUAAAGAAAAUGUACAGUUUUUUUUCUUAUACAACUUCUGAUAAAAAUUAUCGGCG